CCGAAUUGUGUGAACGUGAGUGAUGGGUCGAAUGCUUUCUUCGGUGACGGCGGCGGCGGCGCUGUGGGUCGUCGCGGCAUUUCUCUUGGCUGGCGUGAAUGCAAAUGGAGGUGCUGAGUUACUGACCGAAGACUCCUUUGAUGCCCGUACGAGCAGCGGCGGCGUCUGGCUAGUCAAGUUCUACGCUCCCUGGUGCGGCCACUGCAAGUCCCUCGCGCCCAUCUUUGACAAACUCGUGUCGGACGAAGCUCUCAAGGGACAGGAUGUGCAUGUGGGCAAGGUGGACUGCACCGUGCAAAAGACCGUGUGCCAACGCUUCGACGUUAAGUCGUACCCCACGCUUAAAGUCAUCACGAACAGCUUGUCCUUUGACUAUGCCGGUCGCCGUGAUCGCGACGCGCUGGUAGAGUUUGCUCUCGGGGGAUACAAGUCGUCGCUUGGCGAAGACGUGUUGUCGCUCGCUCAAUUCCAGGAAAAAGCCCGCCGCGAAGAGCAGGAACUCGUCGACGCGGAAAAGGCGAGCUUGGUCGUGACCCUGUCGUCCUCGUCGUUCGACGACCAUGUUCAUGAAACGUCUGAACCGUGGCUGCUCAAAUUCUACGCCCCAUGGUGUGGCCACUGCAAGCGACUGGCGCCCGUGUGGGAUAAAUUGAGUGCCGACUUGCAUGCCAAGCACGACUCCACGCGCGUCGGCAAGGUCGAUUGCACUAAGCACCGCCGCGUCUGUUCUCGCUUCAACGUGAAUGGGUACCCGAGUUUGGUGUACGUGCGCAACGGCCAAGUGUAUCCGUACGAAGGCGCGCGAUCCCUCGAAGGGUUCCACGAGUUUGUGACAACGGGGUACUCCAAGGUCGAGUCCACGGGCCCGAUCCCAAAUGAAUCGUUUGUGGGGUCGAUUGUCGAUACGAUUCUGGAAUGGGCAGUAGAGCACACGAUUUGGGCUGUGUUGGCCGGCAUUCUGGCGCUCGCGCUCAUCGUAGCGUUGCUCGUGGCGUUGCUCGACUAUUGCAUGGGCGACGAAGAGUACCAAGUGCCCCAUCACCGCCUCCAGGAAGCGGAAGCGCUGCUGCAGCAAAAAACGGACGACCAAAAGGUUGUGGACGGCGAAAACAAGACCGAUUAACUCCCACAAGUCAAUCCCCGUUGUUACGACGGGGUUUCACAUCGAAGCAGAUGAUUCAGAGUUGAACCCCUUCAUGGGCGAGGGAGGGAUGGUGUUACUUCAACACCAGGGUGUUAUGUUUGGUAUCAAGUGCGUAUGAUUCUAG